CCGUUACAAGUGCUCCGUACAUCGUGACGAGCUUACGUGUGAAGGGACGCUCUCAACGGCCCGCAUCGAACGUUCCAAAUUCAAAUAUUUUAUGUGUCAGUGAAUUAAUUUUUUUUAAUAACUCUCUGUGACUGGACUCGUGCAAAAUCAGUUUUUACAUUUUAAUUUAGUUUUUAACGGACUUUGUUAUUCUGGACUUUAUUAUUACAUUGUAAAUGAAAAAUGAAUGAAUAUUCUUAUUAGUUGUAUAUUUUGUAUAAUGUAAAUAUAAAUAAACGGAUAAAAUAAGUAUCGUCUGUAAAGAAGAAUCUCACCUUACCUACCAACAAAGCGUGGUUUCGCAGGAUGCCACAUACAGGUCAGGCGGGCGUGAACCAGCUGGGGGGCGUGUUUGUGAACGGUCGGCCUCUGCCCGACGUGGUCCGCAAAAGGAUAGUGGAGUUGGCCAUUUUGGGGGUGCGGCCGUGUGACAUCAGCCGACAACUGCUCGUCUCUCAUGGCUGCGUGUCCAAGAUACUGACGAGGUUCUACGAGACCGGCUCUAUACGGCCCGGCUCUAUCGGCGGGAGUAAAACUAAGCAAGUGGCAACACCGACGGUAGUGAAGAAGAUACUCCGUCUGAAGCAAGAGAACCCCGGCAUGUUCGCGUGGGAGAUACGCGAGAGGCUGCUCAGCGCGAGAGUGUGCGAGCCUCACUCCAUCCCUUCUGUGUCAUCUGUGAACAGGAUCCUCAGGAACAGCGGACUGGCGUGGAAUGAAGACGAACUACGAAAUGGCCAUGAUCCCUUCCCAACGCCGGAGAUGCCGCCGAACAUGGUCGAUUACAUGGCAAUGAAGACAUCGUUACCAACGCCAAUCCAACAACAGACGCCGCCAUACUUCGCCCACACUGCAGUCAGGGCACCCCAGCCAGAACCACACGCCUACGACCGCAGACUUGCCACAUCAUGGCUCUUAGCGAACCAAGUGCAAGCCCAAGGACUCCUCAAACCCUACCCGAUUUCCCCAUGGCAAAGAGUCAUGAUGCCAUAUCCAGAUUCAAAGAAUUUUUCUCCUUACGCCCUAAGUCUACACAGCGAUCUUCUGAAUAGAAUAAACCCAGAAGAAGUUAAAUCAGAAAGCUCCGAACACAUAUCCGUCGAAGCUAGCGACGACAGCACCGAUCGUCCUGAUACAGACGAGCCUAAGCGGCAGAGUGAUAAAGAGAAGAAGAAAAACCCUUAUUCGAUAGAAGAAUUACUGAAAAAGCCGGACAAAAUAGCGAACUCUAAUCCGGUCGGGUUCCAGAACUUUCUGCGUCAGCCCAGUGGCAGUAUGAUUGAAUUUCGACACGAAAAAGCUUCGAGCGAACGAAGUUCCCCGGCUAGUUAUUGUUCAGUCCAAAGUGCCGUGUCGAAUGAUUCCGCAAGUCCAGAAAUUAAGGCGGGAAAUUGAGAAUUUGUUUUUUUUUUGCAUUCCGGUCGUGUAGUCCUAAAUAUUUGGAGACUACAUAACCAGAGUGUACUCUAGUCAAAAUUGUAAUACAGUCAAAUUGAGUAACUUUGGUUCUCUAUGUACGUUCCACAAUCAAGUCUUUUGACUUCAAGUUUUCACGCUUGUCCACAAAGAAUAAAUAAAUGUAAAGUUACUCAACUUGACGGCUUAUAAUAAUAAUUUAAAACUUAGCCAUAGUAGGAAGGUAACGGAAUAUAAACACUAUUUAAAUACAUACUCAGAUUAUGCCAGUGAUAAUUUUAAAAUCGUUCGACGCAUUCAGAAUUAAUUUUUCAUUUUGUUUUAUCCAUUUAUAUAAAACACGUUGUCCAUCAAUGUGACUAUAAAUACAAAAACAUAGUAACUAUUAUACGAGUAUCUACAUAAUAUUAUUUUUUAAUAAAUUAAAUAGUAGCAUAUAAGUAUUUAAUACACUCACUUUUUCACUUCCGUGGUCUACGGUGAUGAACCAACGCGCUCGUCUGUAGUUUUCAUCAUUUCUCUGUCUACGAUAUUUGCAUUGACAUGGGUGUUAUUAUGUCAAUAGAAAAGAUUAAUGUUUAAAAAGAUGAGGAUAAAACUCUUUUUAAUUCUCGAAUGGACUAAGUACCACAUAGACAUGUAUCGAAUUUGUAAAUUUAUUUUGUCAAUACGCUGCUUGUUAUAAUUGCUAAAAGUAAUUGUAAAAUAUUAAUUGAUUAAUUAUACGUAAUCGUUAAGAGUAGCUAUAUAAUGUAACAUGAUUCUGUGAUAUUGUACAAUAUUAGUUAACCCAAGGAUAGUUCCAACUUAAUGUUAACAAAUUCUUACAUUCCUUGCAUGAUUUAAGAAUAAUAUAUAAGUAGAUAAAUAGAUGUAUAUUGUAUAUAUACCAAUAUAAAUUUCGUUUUAGGUGUAAAUAUUUCAUUUUAUUUUUAAAAUACUGUACAAAAUAAGAGCAAACAAUAAAUUAUUCUUUAAAAUCCAUUAAAUUAAAAUAGCACGGGAAUGGUGUUUUAAGAUGCAUUUACAUUGUGCUUAGUGUCAUAACUACCAACAUUCUGUUAACUGUCUUGUUAAAAACAACCAUUUAAAUAUGGAAAAUAUCACAUCACAAACAUACAUCACAAUCGGUUUGUGAGCCGUGCGAUAUAAUUUUCAUUACCUAUCAGUAGAAGCCCUGGAAGAACUUUCCUGAAAACUAUCUCGUCACUUCGCGUCGUUUAGACGAGUAGGUCCAUUAUACAUGGUACUUAGGCAUAUUAUGUGUUAAACGAAUAACGAUAAUUGCGUACACACGUAGAUAGUUUAUGUAAACAGCACAAUAAACCAAAUAGAUAAAAAACUGUGUUUCAUUCAC